AAAAACUAUUGCAUGACCCUGUCCACUACCGGUACGCUUGGGUCGUGGGAACAUCUUCAGCAUUGGCUCUCCUCCAUUCUAUUCUCUCCCGGAGGACUCCAAUCCCUCUACAACGUUCCCUUCUCCACCGGCUCUUCUCCCGCUCUGCGUUGUUACAAAUGAAGGUCCAAUGCACGGUUGUAACCAUGCCCACCUCCGAUCUCCCGGAACAUGUAUACUCCACUUUGACGGCAAACGCUACCUUUUCGGUCAUAUCGGAGAAAGAGCCCAGCGGGCGUUGGUUGAACAGACGAUAAGGCUUACGAAGAUAUCCGACAUUUUUCUUUCUGGUCGUACGGAAUGGCAGAAUACGGGUGGAUUUGUUGUCCUUAUAUUGACUAUGGCAGAUCAGGAUGCCGCAGAAGUUUCCGAUAGUCUAGGCAAUCCCCAGGGAGGAACAAAGAAGAGAAAACCUUUGGAGCGAAAAGGAGUUACGGUUCAUGGUGGGGAGAAUCUACUACAUACACUUGCUACCACCCGGCCGUUUGUUUUUAGGAGAGCGAUGAACUUGAGGCCGCGUGAGAUUCCGGUGGUUGAGAGCGCUGAGGGUAAGAAGAAGCAAGCUAUCGGGGCGUCAUAUUUCAGGGAUGAAAAUCUGAUUGUUCAUGCUUUGCAUAUUUACCCGGAGGAAGACCUCAGGAAUUCGACGGAAGAGAUUAAGGCAGGGAGCCCAUCAGUAGUGGGGAAGGUUGAUGUUGGGGCUACCAGGAAACGCUCGUUCGAUGAUUUUGCUAACCUUGAGAAACAGCGAGAAACUAUUCUCCGAAGUGUGGUAGAGCAAAUGUUUUGUUCUGACUGGAGUAUGGACACAAUGGCUGAAGAAGGAGAUCCACUUGACGCUCCUGGGCCUUCCACUGAUACUUCUGUCGAAUCGUUGCCCACAUCAUCAUCAAGCCCUGACAUGAGCAGAAGCAGGAGCACUAGCCCAUCAAAACGGUCAAAGCUGAUUCCAGAACGAGACCCGAAUCUCUCAACGACCCUCCCACCACCAGGGAAGACCAGGGCGCCUUGGCCAGCGUCAACCGUUCACUCACUUCCGCGGUCACGUCCCACACGUAUCUCUCUAUCCUACAUCGUAACACUACAUCCUAAGCGCGGCAAAUUCCCUCCUGUUAAGGCUAGGGAAUUAGGUGUCAUUCCUGGACCAGACUUCAGUCGAUUAACAGCAGGCGAAGCAAUCACAACUCCAAAUGGAAACGUCGUACAACCUGCUGAUGUGAUGGAGCCUGUGAGACCUGGAACCGGUGUCGCCGUUUGUGACUUGCCAGACACGGGCUACAUCAAAGACUUUCUUGAAAAAGAGGAGUGGAAAGAUACUGAGAAAGUUAGAACUGAAAUUGGGUGUUUCUUCUGGAUUCUCGGAAGUGGAGUUUCUGCAAAUGAGAGGCUCCGGUCCUUCAUGAAGCAAAUGGGUCAUUCUAAACACGUUAUUAGUGCUCCAGACGUUUGCCCUAACGCAAUAACCUUCAAGGGGGGCGCAAAGUCAUCGACAAAGUUGAAUUUGCUGGAUGAGAAAUUCUUUGCCCUACCGUAUUCCAGUGUCCGAGUACCCUCCCAGGUAGACGAGUUCAUGGAACCCGCGAAACCUGGAAUGAUCUUCAGAAUUGAACCAAGGUGGGAAUUUGACACCAAGGCCGUCAAGCCUCCUUUCAGCAGGGAAGCUAUAUUGCAGGAAGCAGAGCCCGCAUACGUCGAGUUAGCGAGGAUAGCUCGCGAAAGCAAGAUCAAGAAUCCCGGAGAUGAUUCCCCAUGGAAAGAUGUAGAGGUUAUUACUUUGGGCACUGGCUCAGCGCUCCCAAGCAAAUAUCGCAACGUUUCUGCGACUCUCGUUAAGCUUCCUGGCGCCGGAAGCAUUCUGUUGGACGCAGGCGAAAAUACCUUAGGGCAACCUCGCAGGCUAUACGACCCUACAGGGCUCAAGGCAGCGCUAGGAGAUCUAAAAGGACUCUAUAUUUCCCACCUCCAUGCUGACCAGCACCUUGGCUUUUCAGCAGUCUUAAAAGCAUGGUACAAUGAGGUUUACCCACUGGCCAACUCCGAGGCGAAUCAGCUAAUGAACGUUGUGGCAUCCUGGAAAUUCCUCGUCUGGCUACGAGAAUAUGCCGAUGUAGAGGAGUUUGGAUUCUCUAAAAUCCGAUUCAUUAGUUGCGAAGACCUCCUUCGGAAGAACUUGAAUAAGCCCAAUCAUCUCACCGCCCAUCUUCCUGAAGUACUUGAUUCCCUGUCCCUAGCCCCAAUUCAAACCUCUCGGGCAGUUCACUGUCUGAGCUCUUUCACUACUUCCUGGACCUGGAGCAAUGGGUUUAAAAUCGCCUACUCGGGGGAUACUCGUCCUACCAAAGGCUUCGUUGAAAUCGGCCAGAACUCGACAGUUCUUCUUCAUGAAGCAACAUUCGAUGACGAACUUCUUCCAGAAGCAAUUGCCAAGAAACACUCUACCACUAGCGAAGCUAUUAAUGCCGGAAAGGAGAUGGGUGCAAAGAACAUCAUUCUCACCCAUUUCAGUCAGCGGUACCCGAGGUUGCCAAUUUUGAGUGCUGUGGAGGAGAACGGGCCGGAGGUGCUUAUCGCGUUUGAUCUUUGCAGAGUUAGGCUUGGAGAUGUGAAAAGAUUCGGAGCGUUCAUACCCGCGUUGAAGGAGUUUUAUGAGGAGGCCGAUGAGGAGAAAAUCGAGGGAGUGGAGGAGGUGGAGGAGGAGCCGGUUGUCGAAGAGAAGAAAGGUAAAGUGGGUAAAGCUAGGGGAUAUAAACCUGGGGGGAAUAAGUCCAAGAAGAAAAGCGAUAAGCGAGCAUGAAGUGGUGGUGGAAAUAGGCCCUCGCCUCCCUCUUGUGAGUAAAUAGAGUUUAUAUAAUCUACCAAAAUACAUUAUUCUAGAGCUAGU